GCUCAGGGCCUGGCUCCGGCUGCAGCCCCCCAAGCCGUGGGCUGGUGACCCAGUGACCCUGCCUGCACCGGUCCGUGGGAGUGCAGACCCUGUGCCGACAGGCCUGCCCCAACAGGGGCCAGGAGAUUGUGGGGGCCACACCCAAUGCUGCAGCACCACAUGCUGCCCUCGUGCUGCACAAGUGGCCUGUGGAACUCCCCACCACCAGGUCCCUGCCCAGGGCCCCAGACACACCCCCGGGGGCGCCCCUGGGCAGUGGCCAUGAGGCAGGCGGGGGAGGGGGUGAUGGAGCCAGCAGCGCUUUGUGACCUCACAUCCUGGCCCCACACCAAGCUGGACAAGGGCCAACACAGCCCCACGCCUGGCCCCCCUCCAUGGCAGACAGCGGGGCCUCAGCGCUGGAGAUCGGGGAGGCCGAUGCCAACUGGGCGCUGAUCAGAGACAAGGUGGUUGAGGAGCGCUUUGGCCCCGCCGUGGUGCCCGUGCCCUUCCUGGAGGACGCGGCGGCCUACGACCUGCUGAGCGUGCUGGUGAGGAAGUCGGGCCGGGCGCCGCGGCUGCUGGGCCGGGCCCGGCCCCUGGUGCCGGUGGGGGCGCUGGCGCAGCUGGUGCAGCAGGGGCUGGAGCCGGGGGAGCUGGCGCGCUGCACGCGGGAAUACAGCGCCCGGGCGCAGGGCGAGGCGCACUACGAGGAGACGCGCCUGGUGGCGGGCGCCCCCUGCCACAUCCAGCUGCAGCUGGCCAGCGUGCACAAGAAGGUGGCCUUCCUGGCGCUGCGCCCCGGCCAGCUGGCGCUGCGCCCCGACCUGCCCUGGCUCCGCGGCCUGCGCAGCCUCUACCUCCUGCACGAGGUCUUCUACUGCGGGGGGCUGGCGCUGGCCGUCUGGCGGGGGCAGAGCCUGCGCACCCUGCGCCUGCCGGGGCCCCGGCCCCUUGCCUUCUGCUGCCUCAAAUUCGCCCUCGGCCCCCGCGGCCUCCUGGGCCCCCAGAAACCCCUGGGGCCCGCGCUGCCCGCCAGGGCGGCCUGGAUCAAGCUGCCAGCGCUGGAGCCCCCGGUCCCUCCCACCGAGAGCAAGAGCAGCCCCCAGGGCCGGAGCCCCUUCUGCAGGGCCUCCAGGACAGGGAAGUGGCCGUUCGCCAGGCGCCGCGCCCAGCCAGCCAGCUCCCAGCGCGGGGACCCUGACCGGCACGCCAUGUCCCUGCCCCUGCUGCCGAGCGCCGAGUCCGACAGCGACGGCUGA